AUGGAAAGUGGACUUAUUGUUAUGAACCGUAAAACUCAUUUUAUUGGUUUAUUGGCUUCUGUUCAUUUACAAUUUUGGCCCAAAACUGCUAAACCAGUUUAUGGUGAUAAAGAAUUAUGGUGGUUGGGUCAAUUACUUUCUGGAAAUGAUAAGUAUUUCUUUGAUGAAGUUGAUGCUGGUGCAGUUGGUGUUUUAAAUGAGGAUCUAGUUAAUCAUAAUGCUUCUGUUUGUUCAAUUCAAUUAGCUCAUUUCAAAAAAAAUGGUGAAUUACUUUGGUUAAAUGGUGGAUUGAAAAAUUGUAAAAAAAGAUCAUGGAAAAAAGAUUUCGAUAGUCAAGAAGUUUUACGGCAAACUUAUAAAAAUCCUUCUCAAUUGCGUAAUCAUUAUAAAAAACCUUUGGUAAUUGAAGCUGCAAUCAUUCCAAAACCAGUUGAGAAAUUUUCAAAACCAAAAAUGAACCCAAUAUAUACUUCAACUUUCAUCAAAAAUGAAGCUCUUGGAUGUAAUGGUUACUUCCAUUGCGCAAAUAUUUAUAAUUUGUCUUCUAACGGUGAGCUGGCUGAUUCAAAUGGUAAAUUAAUACGGUAUAACCAAAAACAAAUUGACUUUUAUAAGGAUUUAAUCAAUGCUUGGAAUUCUCGUACUUCUCGUGCUGGAUAA